AGGCAGAGGUCGCGGCCCCGCACCCGCCCCCGCGCGGCGCCCGGCGCGACGCCCCGCGCCCCCGCCACCGUCCGCGCCGCCGUUCGGGAGCCGCAUCGCCGUGCGCUUCAGCGGCGACCAUGAUUACGGAGGCGUCGUCGCACAACCGGUGAGCGAGGACCGGGCCACCGUACACUACGACGACUGCACGAUCGAGAUCGUGACAUUCCCGGACCCCGAGGUCAGCGUCUUGCGCGUCGGGCCCGGGGGCGGGGGCCUGUGGCACGGGAGGUCGCCGCCGCGCUGGAGCCGCGUCUGCGUGCAGCAGACCUACCCGAGGACCAGGCACUGGAUGGGCACCGUCGAGGCCCAGCUGGACGACUUUGGGCGGGUCAGAGUGCGCUACGACGACGGCCUCGUGGAGGACAUGCGCCUCCCUCACCCCGACGUCGUCUUCACGGCCUUCGGGCGGGAUCACGUCAUGCAGCCGCUCAACUCGCCGGUCCAGGCGCCGCCCGCGCCGCCGCCGCCCGAGGCGCCAGCCCGGGAGGCGCCCGCGCCGCCGCUGCGGCUGCACCAGAAGCACCCCGAGGCGGCCAGGGCCCCGAGGCACGCCGUGCCCAUCCGCAUCGGGCCGAAUUUCCAAAUCGACCCCGCGAUCCUGGCGGAGCCGCCGGUCCCCCGCCCCUACGCCGCCGCGGGCGCAUUCGCGUGGCCGCGCGCCCUGGCGCCGUCGUGCGACCUGCCGGAGCGGCGGCCGGCGCGCGAGGUGCGCGACGACGAGCUCGGCGCCGAGCGCACGGCGUGGGCGCUCGAGCCGUUGGGGCCGACGGCGCAGCCAGGGGGGGCGCCGCGCCAACUCAUCUACCUACGGUCGGGCCCAAACACCAUCGGGCGCCGGAAAAACCUGGGCCUGACGGACCCGGUGCUGUCGCGGGACCAGUGCGACGUUCACAUCGACGCCCGGAACCAGGUCUGGGUCGAGCGCCAUGACUGGCUGCCCGACGGCGAGGUGCUCGUCAACGGCCUCCCGCUCGGGCCCGGGAAGCCGUGCCGCACGUACCUCGAGGUCGACGACGAGCUCUGGCUGAAGAGCGAAACCAACAGCGCCUACCGCCUCGUCCUGAUCGACGGGCCGCGCGGCCCCUCCGGGGACCCCGGCGACCGGGCGUGCGCCGCGCGUGCCGCCCACGCCGCGGAGUCGGCCCGCGCGGAGCGCCUCGCGGAGCGCCGGUUGGCCGUCGCCGAGCGCGUUUGGGCGCCCCCGACGACGCCCGCGGCGCGACGGGAACUGCGCGCACUCCUGGACGUGGUCGAGCCGGGCGCCGAGGAGGUGGCCCUGCGCGAGGCCUUCUCCGGCGGCUUCCCGUGGGCGCGGGCGCUGGCCGAGCGGCGCCGCGGCGCCGCCGGGAUCGCCGAGCGGUGGGCGGACGUCGGCCCGUACGCGGUCGCCGCGGCGAUUCUGCGGCACCGGCGGCGCUACGCGCUGGUCGCAAAGGAGUUCCACGUGACCGCGGGGGACGUCCAGACGUACCUGUACUCGUUCCUCAAGCCCGAGUUCCCGGACCUCUUCGACGAGCUCAAGUGGGCGCUCCACCAGCGGCGCACGCGCGUGCGGCGCCGCGACGGGCCGUCGAACGUCAAGGUGGGCACGCUCGAGCCGGUGCCCUACGAGGAGGACGGCAACCAGCCGUUUUGCUACAUCUGCCGGCUCAGCGGCGAGCUGAUGUGCUGCGAUUCCUGCGAGCGGUCCGUCCACCUGCACUGCCUCAACCUCGCGCGCCCUCCGGACGGGGACUGGUUCUGUUCCGAUCGGUGCACGGCGCGGGGCCCACGUUCGGUCGCUGCGCGGCUGGCGAGCAAGCGCGCGGCCGAAAAGCGGGGCUAGCCCUUGAGACGCUGCGUAUACAAGCCCCCACCCCCCGCUCUCUCGUAGGAGUAAUCGCGGUUGAUACGGUCA